GUCCUGCCUUAUCACAAUCUGACUUCUUUUCAUUCAAGAUUCAAUCGCUAUUUUAUCCCAAAAAUAGGUUGACGGGUUCGUGUUUCGCGUGUACUAGUGUUUUUCGUUUCUGAGGUGUUUUUGUUUGAAUUGUGACUCGAGCGAACUUUUUCAAUUUGGAAAAAUGGGAAAUGUACAUACAGUAGGACCUAAUGAGGCACUCAUAGUAUCAGGAGGCUGCUGUGGUUCUACAAAGAAGGUCACUGUGGUGGGCGGCUGGGCGUGGGCAUGGUGGCUGGUGACAGAUGUCCAGAGGUUAUCCUUGGAGGUUAUGACACUGAACCCUUGCUGUGAGAGCGUGGAAACAGCACAGGGUGUACCGCUUACCGUAACUGGGGUAGCGCAAUGCAAGAUCAUGAAGGCUGAUGAACUUUUGCAAACAGCUUCCGAACAGUUCUUGGGUAAAACCGUCAAGGAAAUCAAGGCUACUAUACUACAGACGUUGGAAGGUCACUUGAGAGCAAUAUUAGGAACUCUUACAGUAGAAGAAGUGUACCGAGACAGGGACCAAUUCGCAGCCUUGGUACGAGAGGUCGCGGCUCCAGAUGUGGGAAGGAUGGGAAUAGAGAUCCUUUCCUUCACGAUCAAGGACGUAUAUGACGACGUGCAAUACCUCGCGUCGCUAGGCAAGGCCCAGACGGCAAGUGUGAAGAGGGACGCUGACGCUGGCGUUGCAGAGGCUAACAGGGACGCUGGGAUAAGGGAAGCGGAAUGCCGAAAGACCGCGAUGGACGUGAAAUACUCGACCGACACGAAAAUCGAAGAUAAUUCUAGGAUGUUCAAGCUUCAAAAGGCUAAUUUCGACCAGGAGAUCAAUACCGCCAAAGCUGAAGCCCAACUGGCCUAUGAACUCCAAGCAGCUAAGAUCCGCCAGAAGAUCAGGAACGAAGAGAUCCAGAUUGAUGUUGUAGAGCGUAAGAAGCAGAUCGAAAUCGAAGUGCAGGAGGUCAUGAGGAAAGAACGGGAAUUGAACGCUACUGUUAGAUUGCCUGCUGAGGCAGAGAGCUACAGGUUGCAGAUGAUCGCUGAGGGAAAUAGAACUCAGACUGUUCAAAAUGCUCAGGCUGACAGCGAGAGAAUAAAGAUGGUUGGACAUGCUGAAGCCAGUGCCAUCUCUAGUGUUGGUAAAGCUGAAGCUUCACGAAUGAAGAUGAAGGCUGCUGUAUACAAACAAUACGGAGAUGCUGCUAUUAUGUCGAUAGUCCUAGAAGCCCUGCCUAAGAUCGCAGCUGAGGUCGCAGCCCCAUUAUCGAAGACCGAAGAAAUAGUCCUUAUAGGAGGUCCUGACAAUACAACUGCCGAAAUAUCUCGUCUAGUUGGACAAAUCCCACCAGCCGUGAAUGCCUUAACCGGAGUCGACCUGUCUAAAGUCUUGUCUAGAAUACCGGGUGCUACAACAAGCACCCUACAGCAAACUGCCACUGUUAAAUAAAUUGUACAUAAGAUACCCUAUUGAUAUCGACGUUAUCCGUGCUAAAUCGACGAUCUGCAAGUGUACUCAGUAUUCCUUAAUUUUAAUUAUGAAAUACCUCAUCUUCAGUUCUAAUUUUUCAUCGAUUCAGCACGUAUAACUGAUUUUUAUUUGAUAUACUUCACAAUUUUUUUAUCCAACUGAAUAAACUUCAAUUAUAUUAUAUGAAGCUUCAACAGUUAAUAUUUCCAACAGCUGAAAAUAUUCUACAGCUUACAAUAUACACAUUUACAUUUUUCUUUAUGUGAAGGGAGUACUGGCCUUCUUUUGUGUCUUUUAUCCGAUCGGUUUCUUGACUCUUGUAUAUUCAUACAAUAUAAUGAUACUGCCAUU